CUCAGAAAGUUGUCCAACAUUUGCCCCCUUUUUUGUUUCCUUCACAACCUUUUGCUGCGUUCUUCACUGAACCAUUUUGAGUCUCAACAUAAGAAGCAUUCUUAGGGAGCUUUUUUUGGACAAGACCAUUUAACAUUCAAAUUUUUCUGCUUUUUCUUUUAAUCUCACUUUUUUUUUUGUCCUUUUUGUUUUCUAUAUCUAUAGUUUGAUUUCAAUGAAGAUUGUGUAUGUUUUAGGCUAAGUUCUAUCUAUUUGAUGCUUUUACAUCCUAUAUAGUAUGUCUCAAGGUGAUCAUGAAGUAUUGAAAAUUAGAAGCCACAAACACAAGCUCAACUUGUCACUUGAUUUUCAUGUUUAUGUGCAGGUUUUGAAGAAGUUAAUCACAUAUUAUUGAACUAAGAUGGAUAAAUCAUCCAAAUUUGAUGAAAAUUCUGAUGUGGGGUAUCACCCUUCUUCACCUUCCAAUACUCCUGCUUUUUCCCCAAUGAGUGGAGAUUCUUUUACAUAUUGCCAAACCUGGACAAGCCCAGAGUCUGAGACUGUAGAUGAGAGCAGCUAUGCCAGUGAACCUUCACCUUCUCGGUGGAGGGCUAAACAGGAUGUUCUUUCUAAGCUAGGAAUGAAGCUGCGCGAGCAUUCGAUGGAUGAUAAACUUGAUGCCUGUGUUGAUUCAGCCGAGCUUGAAUUGAUGAAGGAAAGAUUUGCAAAGCUUCUGCUCGGAGAAGACAUGUCUGGAAGUGGGAAAGGUGUUUGCACUGCAGUUACAAUCUCAAAUGCCAUUACCAAUCUCUACGCAACUGUAUUUGGACAAAGUUUAAAGUUGGAACCACUAAAGCCUGAAAAGAGCGCUAUGUGGAAAAGGGAAAUGAAGGUUCUCUUAUCAGUGUGUGACUACAUACAAGAAUUUGCUCCAACUGCUCAAUAUUUAGAAGAUGGCACAAUUGUGGAGAUGAUGAAAAGCAGACCAAGGUUAGACAUAUAUGUCAACCUUCCCGCACUGCAGAAGCUUGACACAAUGCUCAUAGAAAUAUUAGAUACUUUCCAGGACACUGAAUUUUGGUAUGCAGAGAACAUACCAGGGAAUUCGAGUCGAUUACGUGGAGCCUCAUUCCGAACAAAAUUUCCAAGGAAAGAUGGCAAAUGGUGGCUGCCAGUUCCUUGUGUUCUUCCUGGUGGCCUCUCUGACAAGUCAAGAAAGCACCUGAUAGAGAAAAGGGAUUGUGCUAAUCAAAUUCAUAAGGCUGCCAUGGCAAUAAACAGCAGUGUUCUUGCAGAAAUAGACAUCCCAGAAAAAUACAUAGAUAAUCUUCCCAAGCUGAGAUUCUAUUGCCAAGUGACUGAGGAUUCCAUAAAAUGUGACCCCAUAAAGCAAAUGUCUUGGAAUUUUUCAUCAAAUUUCAUAAGCCUUUUAUGGAAGCCUAUAAUAGCAGCUGAGUCUUGUAGAAAAAGGGAUGAUAUAGUUUCAAUUAAGAGUGGAAGAUCAAGUGUAGGGGACUCAAUUUACCUCUACAUGCAAACUGCAGACAAGUUCUCACCUGAACAACUUCUUGACUGUCUCAAAAUAAGUUCUGAACAUGAAGCACUUGAGCUAGCAGACAGGGUUGAAUCAUCAAUGUACACAUGGAGACGCAAAGCUUGUCUGACCCAUUCAAAAUCAUCAUGGAGCAAAGUAAAGGAUCUCAUUGAAGACACAGACUCUAAGGACAAAAACUACACCUUAGCCGAGAGAGCUGAAUCCUUAUUGCUUUGCCUGAAGCAAAGAUAUCCUGAACUUUCACAAACAUCUUUGGACACAUGCAAGAUCCAAUACAACCGGGAUGUAGGGAAUGCAAUACUAGAGAGUUAUUCAAGAGUUUUGGAAGGCCUAGCAUUCAACAUUGUUGCAUGGAUUGAAGAUGUUCUUUAUGUUGAUAAAUCAAUGAGGAACCGAGAUGUCUAGAAACCUCAACUUGGUUUUACAAUCGCGUCCUAACAGUUUUUCAUUCCAUCCAACAAUCUUUUCGUAAACUAUAUCUUUAGUAGAAUGAAGACAGAUAGUACAUGAUUGUACGAAAAAGAUAUUAACUUGCAUUUGUGUGAAUCAUAGUUGUUAAAUGUACUAAAGAGUAAAGACAGUUUUCAGAUUCUUUAAGCAUGAUUCAUAGCAGCUUCACCAAAAAAGUAAAUAAUAUUUGUUGUGGAUGAGAAAAUCAAUCAUUGAUAUUACAUGCGUGUGUAUGCAUGACAAACCUUUAUAGCAUGAGAAAAUCAAUCAUUGAUAUUACAUGCUUUAAGUA